AUGGCAGCCCUGCAGCGAACCUCACCGCCUUCAGUGGGCAAAGCUCCGCCGAACCUGCGAUCGGCAUGGCAGGCCGGCAGCAGCCUGUCGCAGAUUGAGCAAGCUGUCCAGGAGUUCUUGGACGCUUGCAACUCCCAUGAUCUACUUGCGGAUACUUGGGGUCAUCCUUUCGCAGCUCUGCGCCUGCCUGGAAUGCCCGACAGCGGUGUUUGGCGAAGCUCCGGCAGCAGCGAUAGCAGCGACCUGUGCUGGUGUUUGCAAGCUGCCGCUGUGGUGAUGGGGCUUCUUGGCGUCCUGGCUGCUGUGGCCCUGGCCUGUGCCGAGGGGAGAGGGAUGUGGCUGGCGCCAGAGGUAGCUGCUUUUGUGCUGAUGACAUUUGUCUUGCUGUGGCAUCAUUGGAGUCUUCGCCUCCCGAGAAACUGGGCAAGCCUCCAACAGCGCCUUGUCACCAUGGCUACAAGGCGGCACCAAGCUGCUUUACAGCUUCGCCUGGAGGACAAGGGCUAUUCCGAGAGGCUGGCGCACCUGAAGGCUCUCGUGCUGGUGCAAGGCGUCCAGACCGCGCAGAACCUCGACUACCUCACUCUCUGUGUCCAAGCAGAGGCCUUGCGAAACGCAGCGGCCAAGUGUGAUGCGUAUGGACAGCGGCUCGUCCCGCCUGUGGGACGCAUGAGGCGCGGAAGCCCUCGCGACUCGCCGGGUCGGCCCAAUCCUUCAGAGGGUCCGGAGGAGUUCACAUGCCACUGUCUUCAGCUGCUACUGGCUGUGCUGCCCCGACAAGGCACACAGGGACAGCGUUUGGUAACCUCUGACAUGGACAUCCGCAAUGCCAUGGAAUGGUUUGAGCACGUAAGUCGUACCAAAGACCUUCGCCCGCCUGGCCGCUUCUCUUGGGGCGCGGAGGACACGCCCGCCAUGGCAGCAAAGCGUCGCGAGUCGCUCCAGGAGUCCUUGGCCACGGGCCAGCGAUGCCUUUGGAUGAUGUAUCGCCUUUGUGAUGCCAAGGCAUCCGCGAAGCCCGCGACGUUGCAGGGCGCCUUAGCGGCGCUGAUGACGGCGCAGCUUGGGCCGAUUGUUCUCGAGCAUCGCCUACGCAUCCCGGUCUAUGAUCCCACAAGCGCCGUGCGCAGGCCUAGCCAGGAGAUAGACCCGUCUGGAUUCAUGGCUGAGCGACGUUCUCCAGGCGAGCACUACCCCAUUUCAGGCUUUUCAGAGGAGUCGGGUCGCAUUCUCGGAGAUUUGGACUCCACGACCGGCAGCAAUGAUGAUGCCAGCGUUGACUCCAGUUCGCAGGCCAGUGGAACAGUACGGCGGAUACUGCAACCGUCGGAGGGCGGUCAAAGCUCCGUGGGAUCCAAGAGUUCAGGAGGAGCUCAGCGGGUCCUCGCCGACCUGGACGGUGACUCGGAUGCCUCCAGCGUGGUUAGCGGCAUCGAGGGUGAGGGCGGCCCGAAUCGUCGCAUACUCGCCGCUUCAGACACGUCUGAUGGAGGAUCAAGUGAGAGUGCAUCCUCAGCUGGGCAAGGCUCUUUUGCCCUGCCUUCCUCUAUGUGGUCUGGCAUAACAUACUCGGCCGCCUCCUCCGCCUCUACCGUCACCGAG